AUGUCGACACCUCUAUUCCUAUCACCAGCCCUGCCAUCCGAGCUCCUCACAUACAUUCUGAAGUACCACACCCAUCCCACCACCUUGGUCAUAUGCGCGUCCCGGGCCGACUUUCUCUCAUCAGUCGCCAAAGAUAUACGGCAGCAAGAGAAAGCUACCACUCCAACUCUAGAGGACGAGCAGCAGCCCCCAUCAACCGCCCACAGAGACCACCACGAGGGAGAAGAACCUGUGCUGCAACUCAAACACCACGCCCUCCUCUCCUCCCCCUUACACCAAGUAGCCACAGCGCGCCACAUCCGCAUAGUCUACGUCCCAACCGUCACGCACCUGCAGGCCUACCUCUCCGUCUUCACGCCGGACGACUCCAAGGUGCCUGCACCCCCAUCCCAUCAUCGCCAAACCCCCAGCACUUCCAGAAACCCACACAUCAUCCUCUACGGUUUCCUAGACCUGCACCGCGCCACGAGCGAGUGGAGCGCGCAGGGCCUUGGCAGCUCGGCCGCGGCCGUCGUGGACCUGGCGCACCGCCUCGCGUGGCAGGCGCUCGUCGUCGAGCCCCGAACUGGAGGAGGGGUGGGAGCAGCGAAUGUCCAACCCAGGCUGGAGGACGUGCUGCGGGAGACGGUGCCGAUGCUGGGCGGCGGUGCGCGUAGGGCCGCACUGGACGCCGACGGCGGCGGCGCGUGGACAGGGAGGACGGUCGAGGUGGGCCGGAUCUUGCGGCGGUGGUUUCGGCUCCAGCGUGGGGUCUGGGAUGGGGAUGGGGAUCCCGAGGAGGCGGGAGGAGUUGGGAAGGUGUGA